AUGUCAUCCUCCAAAGCCUCCAGAAUAGGAGAAGAAACGAGAAUCGAUAAAGUCAACGCAGAGCUGGUUACAUUAACGUACGGCACAAUCGUUGCGCAACUAUGCCAAGACUACGACAGCGACUACCAGGAAGUCAACAAGCAAUUGGACAAGAUGGGCUAUAAUAUCGGCAUGCGGCUGAUUGAAGACUUUCUGGCCAAGUCCGGGGUGGGGCGAUGCGCCAAUUUCCGCGAGACGGCCGAUAUGAUUGCGAAGGUGGGCUUCAAGAUCUUCUUGAAUGUCGCGCCGACGGUCACCAAUUGGACCAGCGACAAUAACCAGUUCUCCCUUAUCUUCGACGAUAACCCCCUAGCAGACUUUGUGGAGCUGCCCGACGACGGGCGAGCACAGGAUGAGCUCUGGUUUUCGAAUAUUCUAUGCGGUGUGCUUCGAGGUGCGCUAGAGAUGGUUCAAAUGCAGAUCGAGGCACACUUUGUGAGCGAUGUGCUCCGGGGUGACGACACAACUGAGAUGCGGGUUUCACUGGUCCGAUACAUCGAAGAUGAGAUGCCGCCGGAGGAGGAUUAG